GGGAGGAGAGGAGAAAAGAAUCGCAUCGCAUCGCAUCCCUGCCCUGCCCUGCCCUGCCGGCUGGAGAUGCUAGCUGUCCCCCAGGUUGCUGGUUUGGAGCAGACUGUAAACAGAAGGUAGUGGGAGCUGACACUGAAAAUAAAAAGCACUGGUGAUUGCACUCAGAAGAGGUCUCUGGCUGAUUUGUUGUGAGGGCAAGUGAACACCUCGUUACACGUGGGGGCUUGUCCAGGAUCCAAGAGCCAGGGAACGCGGUUGGCAGCCUGGAUAUGGAGGAGACCCUGCAAUGGCUGGUCAAACAGCAGGAGCAGAUGCAGCAGGUCCUGCAAAGUUUUCAGCAGUCCCACCAGGCCGAGAGACAGGCCUUACUGACCUGGUAAGUUGAGCAACAGCAGAGUCUGUGAGAAUUCAUACAGCAGACCGGCGUACAACAACAGCUUCUGCAACGAGUGGUGAGUCCUGUGGGAGGGGAUGGCACCCGGCUGCCGGGCUGGGGACUUUGUAAAAUGAGCCCAGUGGAUGAUCCGGACGCCUUUCUCAGGACCUUCGAGCGGGUAGCCACAGGCACCAGGUGAGAGAAGGCAACCUGGGCCCUCCGACUGGCUCCAUACCUGACAGGAGAGGCUCAAGUGGCCUAUAUGACCUUGAGCGAUGAGCAAGCCCAGAACUAUGAGGUGGUGCGGGGGGGCAUUCUAGACUGGGUGGGCCUGUCGACAGAGCGGUACUGCCAAAAGUUCCAGGCGGCCCAAUGGACGGCGGCAGUGCGGCCCCAGGUGUACGCCCAGAGACUAAUGGACUGGGCCGCACGCUGGCUGAGGCCAGAAAUGCGCACGGUGGGAGAAAUGAUGGACACAUUGGUCCCAGAACAAUUGCUGCAGAGCUUCCCCGAGAACAUACGCGUCUGGGUGAGGCGUCACCAGCCUGUCACUGUUGAGGCAGCCGUCAGGUUGACCGAGGAAUAUAUCGAGGCAGAAGGUCCCCAGAGGGAGGACCGACCCCAGAAAGACAAGGAGUCGGGGAAGAAACUGGCGGAACCUUUUUCCCGGAAAGGCCCAGAGAGAAAGGGGAGCCCCAAAAAGCACCUUAGAGGUCCGCCAAGCUUGUUUGCUGGCAGUGUGGGAGACCUGGACACACAAAACAUGACUGCCUUGAUAUGGAGUGUGGGUGGGCUGAGUUUUGUGGCUGGACUCAAGUUGGGGAGCGAAAAGGGGGGCAGAAACUGUACACCAUCCCAGUGAGGAUUGGGCAGAACCCCCAAACAGGCCCCAAGCGUCAGCCUGUUUGCUUGUACAGAGGGGGCUGGUGAAGCCGCACUGGCUGAUUGUGGGGGCAAGGAUGGCCCUCGAGUGUAUCCAUGGGGACAAGAGGUCCUCCUCGGGCCGAAGUGAGGGGCCACUUCAAAUGGAAGUGGUUUGGGGUGCUGGAGGGGCUACCAUACCCAGUGGUAUUAGGUAAGGACUGGGCCCCACUACCUAAAAAGAAGUGGAGGGGUGCCCUGAAGGAGGGGGCAGAUAUCCCUAAACCAAGGAUCCCAAGUGGGGAAGACGAGCAAAGUCCCAGAAAUAACAAAGAAGUGAACCCUAGACAACAGAGCCCAGAGAAAGCAGACCCACGGGAAGGGUGUACGGGGGUGCAACUGGUGUGACAUCCUUCAGGCAGAGGUGGAACUAGGGGUGCAGCCACUCCCCGAGCAGUGUACGUUUUGCGGGAGGGGGAUGGAGAAAACCACAGAAGAGGAUGCCGGGGAUCGCCUGGCCAAGAGUGGGGAACUUCCCCAGAGGAGCCCCCCGGGCAGAGGGGCCAAGGUCAGCCGGACCUUGUGGCUCUUAAGUGGGGAGGCGGUGCUGGCCAGGAAGUCCUGAGCCAGCCCGUUAGCCCAGCUCCAAAUAAGAAGGCAAGCGAACGCCUCGUUACAGGGGGUUACGAUGAAAGGCCUAUAGAAUCAUAGACGGUACGGAGAAAGUGAACAGGGAAGCGUUCUUUCCCCUUCACAUAACAGCUGGUCCUGGAUGACAGGGCAUGGCUCACACGCUCUUGCCCUGCUCUGUUCGUUCCCUGUGAUGCACCUGGCACUGGCCAAUGUCGGAGCCAAGACAGCCGGACCAACGGUCUGACCCACCCAGUAUCUUCUGAAUGGGUUCAGGUGGGACAAAGCCAGCGUGGGGCCUACGACCGCUCACCAGGCCCUGACGCUGCUGCCCUGCAACCUGGUGACCUCUCAGUGACAUCACUCCGCGUGACAAGGUGUGGCGCUGAUGGGACGUCACCGCAUUCCCUUACGUCACAGCCCUGCCUUGAUGUAACGUCAUAGCGCCACGGGGAUUGCGGAGCGUGGGGAUUGGGGGUGGCACUGAUGUCAAGGGGCCGCGCCGUUGCCUGGCAACCUGAACGGGGGGGGCAGCGCGCGUGCUGGGUUGUGUGCGUGGCCGGCAGGAGCGCGGGUCACCCGGCCCCAGGCACCGGCCCCCGCUCCCUCGAGGCAGCUGUUCCCCGGCCGCGGGGCAGGGCGGGAGCGGCGGCGGACCCGGAACCCCGCCUCCCCGCUCGCACUGCGCCUGCGCUCACUUACGCAAAGCGCGCAGGGUGCGCGGCUGGCGGAGGGGGGCGCUGAGCGCAGCGAGGCUGGGCCUAGGUGGCGGGCGGGAGCGGCGGCCGGACGCAGAUGUGUAUUUAAAUGAUGUACCAUACCAACGCAGAGAGGGAACCCAUACUUGGGUGUUAAGCAAACACUUGAUAAAGGUACCAGAAGCAUGCAUACUCGGGUCAGACACCUGUACAUCCUCCAUUCCAUUAUUCAACCCUUUGUCUGAGGGUCUGUGUGUGUAUAUGUGUGUGUGUGUAUAUGAAGAUAAAAAGGAAUUUUGCCUCCUCUUUGAACACUUGGUGAGAGACUUUAGCAGGAGAAGCCAGACUGUGGUCUGUGGGACCACAGUUCUCCGAAUUCAGUGCUCUGUCAGUCCUAGUUACUUGCUAUGAUUGUCUGGGAGGGAAUCUCUGCAAUCUGCACUUCCAUAUUAAGCAAGAGGGUCUGCUACAUGCCAUGCAAAUUGGAUGCAGCCUUCAGGCUCAUGUGACAAUGAAGAGCUUGUGGAUCUUCCUUACUGUUUUAUUCGUCCCAUGGGGCUUUUCUUUGGCCAAGUUCGAUGAAUUUGAGGACGGAGAUGACAUUGUGGAGUACGAUGAUAAUGACUUUGCUGAGUUUGAAGAUGUUACUGAAGAUGUAACCACAGAAUCUCCCCAGAGGAUCAUAACUACAGAAGAUGAUGAGGAGGAGGCUACUGUAGAGCUUGAAGGUCAAGAUGAAAAUCAGGAGGACUUUGAUGAUGCAGAUGCACAAGAAGGAGAUACUGAGAGUGAGCCAUAUGAUGAUGAGGAAUUUGAAGGCUAUGAAGAAAAAACAGACGCAUCUCCCAGCAAAAGCAAAGACCCCAUAACAAUUGUUGAUGUCCCUGCACAUCUUCAAAACAGUUGGGAGAGUUACUACAUGGAGAUCUUGAUGGUAACUGGUCUUCUUGCUUACAUCAUGAACUACAUCAUUGGGAAGAAUAAAAACAACCGGCUAGCUCAGGCCUGGUUCAACACUCACAGGGAGUUGCUGGAAAGUAACUUCGCCCUUGUUGGGGAUGAUGGGACAAAUAAAGAAGCCACAAGCACAGGGAAGCUCAACCAAGAAAACGAACACAUAUACAACUUAUGGUGCUCUGGCAGGGUGUGCUGUGAGGGAAUGCUUAUUCAGCUAAAGUUUCUCAAGAGGCAAGACCUUCUGAAUGUACUUGCUCGUAUGAUGAGGCCAGCCUGUGACCAAGUGCAAAUAAAAGUAACAAUGAAUGAUGAAGAUAUGGAUACCUAUGUGUUUGCUGUUGGAACAAGAAAAGCCUUAGUGCGACUUCAGAAGGAAAUGCAGGACCUGAGUGAGUUCUGUAGUGACAAACCCAAGUCUGGGGCAAAGUAUGGGCUUCCAGAGUCGCUGGCCAUCCUGUCAGAGAUGGGAGAGAUCACAGAGGGAAUGAUGGACACAAAGAUGGUACAUUUCCUCACACACUAUGCUGACAAGAUCGAGUCCGUCCAUUUUUCAGACCAGUUCUCCGGUCCAAAACUUAUGCAAGAGGAGGGUCAGCCUUUAAAACUGCCCGACACUAAAAGGACACUAUUGUUUACAUUUAAUGUGCCUGGUUCAGGCAACACUUCCCCAAAGGAUAUGGAGGCUUUGCUGCCUUUGAUGAACAUGGUUAUUUAUUCUAUUGACAAAGCGAAAAAGUUCCGUCUAAAUAGAGAAGGUAAACAAAAAGCUGAUAAGAACAGGGCCAGAGUAGAAGAGAACUUUCUUAAAUUGACUCACGUGCAAAGGCAGGAGGCUGCCCAGUCCCGCCGGGAAGAGAAGAAACGGGCAGAGAAGGAGCGAAUUAUGAACGAGGAAGAUCCGGAGAAACAGCGCCGGUUGGAGGAAGCUGCUUUGCGACGUGAGCAGAAAAAACUUGAGAAGAAGCAGAUGAAGAUGAAGCAAAUAAAAGUGAAAGCCAUGUGAAACCGUUGUGGGAAACUCUAUCUCAGUGCCAUGUGUAGACUUUUAAUUCACAGGGUACAAAGAACUAGUUAAUUUCAUAAUCUUACACUUCUUCAAACGCUAUUGGCCAUUAAGAGAAAUGCUCUUUGCAUCCACACUACUUAACAAUUAAUUUGGGUAUUACAGCAACAUACAGAUAUGUAUAGAGGGUGUUUUGUCUCUGCAACUUUCUUCCAGGUGGUUUGAUUAUUUUGCUACUUCUGAUGCUUUAAAAAAAAACAAAACUCAAACUUGCAAUAUCCCGUGACCGCCGUUUGUGAUUUUUAAAACAAAAAAAAGAUUAUAAAACUUUUAAUCUUUACCAGUAACUUUACAUCAGUGCUUUGAUUUAGAUUUUUAAUGUUACAGGUAAUUUUUUCCACUUAAUUUAGGGGGAGGAAAAUAGCCCCCCCAUGUUAGUGAAAUUGCACAAUAAACAUUGGUGUGUUUCUAUAUCUGCAUCAAGCUUGUAAAGGUACAAAACAUAGAGCCUUCCAAAAAUGGUAUGGAUAUUUCAGGGAUUUAAAACCAGUAUAGUUUAGAAAGAUAAGUGGUUUUUUUUUUUUUUUUUGCAAACAUAGGGCACUGAAACAGUAUUGCACAAUCUAUGCUAUGGUUGGCAUAAAGAUAAAAGCUGUAGAUUGGUUAGAUAUCAGGGAAUGGCAUACAUAAGUACUGUUUCUUAUCUGUAAUUGUGAAUGUUGAAAGUGUAAUACAAUGUGAAUUCUGUACUUUGUGUUUCUUCUUCAGAAGCGAAUGCAUGGUGAGUUGGCAACUUCAUCUAGAUUUGAAUACUCUUAACUGUACAAAGUUGCCUCUUAAAUAUUUUCCUCUUUUUGAUAGCAGCUGCUGCCUAUUUAAUGUUCAGCAAGAGGCUAGAUUUGCAAUUAAAUAUCUGUGCAACUUCCCUUUUCCCUAAGCAAGGAAAAAAAAUAUUUAGAGGUUAUAUAGUUUUUUGAUCUGUUGAAAUAGUUAUUUAUUUCAGGAUUUUAAGAUUGAGGUGGGGAGAGAGAUGCAUGUGGAGGUAGGGGGAAGAAAUGGACACAAUUGUACUAGUACGCUGCUGUCUGCUGCAUUUUAUUGAUGUUUCCUACCUAGAAAGCAUUUUAUUGUUUUGUUUUUUUUGUUUUUGUUUUUUUUUUGUAACCUACUUUCUGCAGUUGUUUUUUUUGGGGAAAUAAUUUGGAUGUCUUUCUCUUGCAUUUUCUUGUUUGAUGCUUUGUGUAAAUAAUUUUGUUCUGAGGCAAUAACAAUGAGCUGCUGUUGAAACAGCAUGUGCUAAAAGCCUUUGUUACAGCAUGAGACAUCUUACACUGAUUUGAGUGCAAAAAUCUGUAAUGUGAUAGACAUACAAAUAUAAUCAUUUUAUAACAGCUGAUGAAAAGUAAUUUAAAGCCAAAAAUAGCAUAAAAUUAUGUGUAAUUUUACUCUUUUAGCUCUAUUUAGCUUGAGAGGGUGCAAGUCAUACAAUUUCACAAAAUUCUUUUUAAAGAAAGCAUUUGUGCUCUUUUGAGUAAAUACAAUGCUUUGCUGAAGUUCCAUACCCUUUUGGGCCAUGGCAGCUAAUUUUGUAAUAUGAACAUUCAUACGAACUAUCUAUGAAAAGAGUAAAAUAUAACUGAAACAUUU